AUGACAUCGACUGUACUGGUGACUGGAGCUAGCGGCCUUCUCGGCCGUGCCGUUUUCAGUACCUUCCAGCACUCUGGCGUGUUGGUCGUUGGGCAGGGAUUCUCUCGUACUGCCCCGCCAACUAUCUUGAAAGCCGACCUGGAGAAGGAAGAAGAUAUUAAGACGCUUUUUGACGAAGUAAAGCCUCAGAUUGUCAUUCAUUGCGCCGCGAACAAGUCCCCAGACCUCUGCGACAAAAACCCAGAGCAAGCCCGGAAGGUCAAUGUUGACGCUACCCGCACAUUGGCCAAAGAAUGCCAGUCCCGCGGUGCUUUCCUCAUCUACAUCUCGACCGAUUACGUCUUCCCGGGCACGGAAGGUGACGCACCCUACGAGGCCAAUGCGGAGACCAAACCACCGAAUCUAUACGGGCAGUUGAAACUGGACGGCGAGAAAGCCGUGCUAGAGACAACGAGCGCGGGUCUGGGUGUGGUCUUGCGUGUACCAGUGCUGUACGGACACGCCAAGGCGAACGCGGAAAGUGCCAUCAACACGCUGGUUGACUCGGUCAAGAAGGCCACCGAUGAGAACGCUGGUGUGAAGAUGGACGACUGGUCUCAGCGCUACCCGACUAAUACCGAGGACGUCGCGCGUGUGUGUCGCGACAUUGUCAUUAAGUACCUGCGUGAGAAGGAGAAGCGCAAGGAUUUCCCCCGCGUCCUUCAAUUCUCCUCCGAAGACUGCAUGACCAAGUAUCAGAUCUGCCAGAAGCUGGCUCAGGUGCUUGGAGUCGCUAUUCCCGGUAUGGUGGCCAAUAAGCAAGGCAAUGAUCCCAAUGCGGGUGUCGCGCGCCCUUAUGAUACACAUCUGUCUACCAAGGCACUGACGGAGCUUGGGAUUGACGUGCGGACGAUGGAUUUCAUUGCAUGGUGGCGCCGAGAGUUGGGUGCUUAUAGGAAAUGA